AUGGGCAACCUUAUCUGGCACGAGUGGGCGCGCUAUGUCUCCAUCACCGCUAGUCUCUACUCCAUCUGGGCGGCCUUCUAUGGCAUCCUCUACCGCAAGUUCUUCUGGGAUUUCAUCGGUGGAACGCUGCGUGCGCCCGGAGGUCUCCAGCCAUCCCCUGGAAUCGCCUUGUUCAUCGACAUCAUUGUCAAGGCUCCCGUUGUCCAACUCAUCACUAUGUUCAUGGCGAUGGGGAUGGUUGCGCUGGAGUUCCCAGCACCGUUCGUGAAAGGGACCUCUAUACAGCGGAACUUCACGAUUAAGCUCGUGAUGCUCAUCAUGCAGGCCUUCUCUGCCAUAAUGUUCUAUCAGGGCACAAAUGGAGCAAUAUACUCGUUAGUAGCCGCCAUAGGCUACGGACGAGCUAUGAUGCUCGGAGAAGUAAUGGAAGAAGCGAAGAAUAACAAAGGAAGAGGCGGAAAGGCCUAG